AUGCUCACCAGCGUCAAGAGCCAGGAGAUUCUCGUUGAAUUGAAAAACGGCGAGAGUGUCUAUGGCAAAUUGACUGACUGCGAUUCGUGGAUGAACUUGACUCUCUCCGACGUCGUCGUCAAUUACAACAAGGGCGAGAAAUUCAACAAACUCAAUGAAAUCUACAUAAGGGGAAGCCACAUCAAGUUCCUCCGGUUGCCCGACCUGGUCAUGGACCACGCCAAGGAGCAGACGCUCUUGAGUCAGGAACAGAGAAACAGAAACCAAAAGAGGAAGGGCGGAUUCCAAAACAGAAGAUUCAAUGACCACCGCGAGGGCCGUGGCGGUCACAACCGUGGAGGCCAUGGAGGCCAGAACAGAAGGUACAACCAAGCUCUGGCCUAG